AUAUUUGGAAAAAUGGCCCAUAACAUUUAGCUUUUAUGGUACUCUUUAUAAUAGACAAUGCAUGCUUCUUCAAAGCUGUUUUGCACUUCAUUUAAUACACAAUCUGUGCCCAUAACACCAGCACUACAACCUAUUGACCAUUCUGAUGACAUCAUCAGUGUGUGUGUGGGUGGGGGUUCAUGCAUAUGUGUGGCUGCUGUGUAUUUCUAGUUGCCCGCUCGCCCACCCGGGAUAGCAGAGCCUGCCCCACGUCUCCUCACAUCGACUAAAGAUAAGCCUCUAGGGCACCCACACCCCUCCCUUAGCUCCGCGAUGGCAGGCCUGCCUGGCUACCCUCCACCCAUGACUGACGCCCUCCAGUCAGGUAUACCAGGGGCAUUCCAGCCUAAGGGUCUAGCUGGUGUCCACCCUGGUCUAGGCCCACUGUUCAUACCCGGGCGUGAACUGGAGAAGGCAUGGGGCUCCCACAUUCCAGCAGCCAUUCCUACCCUGCCCACCACUGCCAAGAAGCCAGGCAAGUGGUGUGCAGUACACGUGCGAAUAGCGUGGGAGAUCUACAGGAACCAACAAAAGUCCUCUGACAAGCCCAACCUAGACUCCAAGGAACUGUUGCGUCCUCUUAGUCACCUCCAUCCGGUCUCCACCCUGUCAAGGGCCCCUGACCUCCAGGGCGGGGCUGCCUCCUUCCUUCUGGGGGGCCCUCCUGGUAGACCCCUACUGGAGUCCAGUCCCAACAGCCAUCUGUCCUCUCUGUCCGGGUCUAACGGUUCCCUCAGUGGGUUCACAGGACUGCAGGGGCUAGGAAACAGCCUCGACGCCACCACCAUGUCGCCUAGCCUCACCAAUGGCAACUCCGGGCUCGACGCCUUGAGUCAGGCGUACACAGGAUUUCACCAAUACGCAGGCUUGUCAGAUUUACUCAGCCCAGCUACAGGUAAAUGGCUCAUUUUAAUAUGAUCGUUCGCAAGUGACAUGUGACAUUACACGUGUCACAUGUCAUUGUGUGUGUCACCUGACUGUGAAAAUAUGUGUGUUGUUUAUGCCCCCUCAUGUUUAUGUUUAUAUUCUUUUCUUAUAUAACACCAUGACGACUAUUCAGAUCAAUGGAUUUUUAUCGGAUUUCAUAAGAAUCGAAAGAGGGUUCUGUCAAGGUGACCCAAUCAGCUUGUAUAUCUUCAUUUUAAGCGCAGAAAUCUUGGCUAUUCUAAUACAAAACACAAAAAACAUUAAAGGCAUAAAAAUAGAAAAUGUUGAAUACAAGAUAUCUCAAUUUGCAGAUGACACCACUCUUUUGUUGGAUGGCUCUGACAUCUCUCUUAACACUGUUAUGCAGUUAUUACAUAAAUUUGCUCUAGAGUCUGGAUUGAAAAUAAACUGGGAAAAAACAAAUCUGAUAUGGAUAGGUUCUAAAAAAUAUAGCAUACACUCAAUUAAAACUAAGUACAAACUCCACUGGGGCACAACAAAUUUUAAACUGUUAGGCAUCAUAUUUGAUGUAGAUUUAGAAAAAAUGAUCGAGUUAAAUUAUCAAAAUAAGAUAGCUAGUUUAGAAAGUAAAAUACAAUUUUGGAAAAGAAGAAAUCUAACACCAUUAGGGAAAAUAACCAUAGUAAAAACCUUGUUGCUUCCCCUUUUAACACACUUAUGUAUUGCUCUCCCUAGCUCAGGAUCAAGUAUAUUGAAACAAAUACAAAAUUGUUUUAACAACUUCAUAUGGAAUGGACCUAUAAAAAUAAAGCAUAAUAUACUUAUCAAAUCUUAUGAACAUGGAGGUCUUAAUAUGAUCGACGUUAGCUCAUUUGAAAAAAGUAUGAAGCUCACUUGGAUAAAGAAAUUAGUAACAUGUACUGGGAAAUGUUUCCAACUUGUGUAUUCACUAUUCGAUGUUAAAAAAAUGAUUAAUAUGGGAAAUGCAUAUAUCGACAAAAUUGUCAAAAAAAUAACAAAUUGUUUUUGGAAGGAUGUGCUUAUAUAUUAUGGAAUCUACAUUAAUAAAAUCAAAAUAAGUAAACCUGAUGAUAUACUUGACAUGCCACUUUUUUAUAACAGCAACCUAAAGAUUGGUUCUAAUUGUAUUUAUGAUACAAGUAUGUAUGAACGUGGCAUACGAUAUAUAAGAGACAUAUUAUGUACCACUGGGAAAUUAAAGUCUAAGCAAGAAAUUGAAAAUUGUACAGGUAAACAAAUCAAUUUUUUAUUUUACGAAGGUCUCAAAAGAUCUGUAACAGAGUUCAUUAAAAACUUAGGUUUUGAGUCUGUAAAAACAACAACCAGUAAUGGACCUUUUCUUUCUUGUUAUCUUAACUCGGUUGUUUUUACCCAGAAGCACAAUAAACAAGUAUAUGAAACUUUUAUUUCAAAUACUGAAAAACCUACAAGUGAAACUAAAUGGAAUGGAGUUUUUAGUAAUAUAAACUGGAAGUAUGUGCAUAGUUUUGUUUUUAAAAUAUCCAGAGAUACUUAUAUACAAUGGUUACAUACUAGAAUAAUACAUAGAAUCUUAGGAACUAAAUCUUUGCUAUAUAAAAU